AUGACUCAAAAAUACUUCUUCGUCUACUAUCCAUGCAAUUCUCAACUCAUCGUAAGUUUUUUGUUUGCAAUCUGAUGAUUCAACUCUGGUUUUUUCAAAGGUUUUUAUUAUUUUUCAAAUGUCUUGAUGUUUGUUAUACACACUCUUAUAGUUUUGUGAGGGUUUUCCAAUUAACAAAACUUAUUUUCAUACAUUACAAAAUUUUUAAUGAGAUUUCAAGCCUAAUUACACUUUUACAAAGCGAACUAAUUAUUUUCGAGUGAAUUCUUUUUUUCAUCUAAUCAAACCUAUUUUUGAAAUUUUUCAAAAGGAAAUAAAAACCAAUCUACCGUAUGACCAAAUUUCAAAAACAUAUCAAUUGACCUCAAAAAUUAUUUAAAAAUAUUUUUUUAUCUCUCCAGGUUCCAUCGCCACAUCAUUACGAGACCGAAAAAUGCCAAGUUUGCAAUCGCCCAUUCUGCUUCACAAACUUGGAUUAUCAUAUUGAAAAUGGUUGUGCUGACGAAAUGUGAGUUGGCCCCUUUAGACUAUAAUUAUAGAAUCAAUAAAAUUUUGCCUCUCUCUCGUUUACAGCUUGAGACGCGAAGCGGAAAAAAACAAAAAACUGGCCGCCGAAAAAAGUGAGGAGGAGAAGCCAACAGCGACUAUCGCACCACCACCAGCAAAACGUGUAAGCUUAUAAUUAAGCGACAUUUAUUUCAAGAUAAAUGUCAAAAGACUAAACAUAUAAAUCUUUUGUUUCAGGGACGCGGGCGCCCACGUAAAGAGAAAAAAAUUGAACCAAAAUCGGAAAGCGAAGAGGAGAAAUAA